CGCAGCCGCCCGGGCCCGCGGGGUCGCCCCUUCCCGCGUGCAUGUGCGCGCCUGCAGGGCGGGGUGCGCGCCGGGCCCUGGGGCGCCCGUCCGGGAAGAGGGGUGCAUGGCCCCCCGGGGCGGCGCGCCGCCUCCUCCGCCCCCGCCCGCCCGGCUCUGGCCCGGGAAGUUGCUAGCCAUGGGGGCGCUGGCCGGCUUCUGGGUGCUCAGCCUCCUCACCUACGGCUACUUGUCCUGGGGCCAGCGCCCCGGGGAGGAGCCCGAGGGCGCCGUGGGAGCACAGGCUGCGGAGGCGCCGGCGCCCACGCCCGGGGCCACCUCCCAGCCCCAUCUCAUUUUCAUCCUGGCUGACGAUCAGGGAUUCCGAGACGUGGGCUACCACGGGUCCGAGAUCAAGACGCCCACUCUCGACAGGCUGGCGGCCGAAGGGGUCAAGCUGGAGAACUACUAUGUCCAGCCUAUUUGCACGCCGUCCAGGAGCCAGUUUAUUACUGGAAAGUACCAGAUCCACACGGGCCUGCAACACUCCAUCAUCAGGCCCACGCAGCCCAACUGCCUGCCCCUGGACAAUGCCACGCUGCCGCAGAAGCUGAAGGAGGCCGGCUACGCCACGCACAUGGUCGGGAAGUGGCACCUGGGCUUCUACCGGAAAGAGUGCAUGCCCACGCGGCGAGGGUUCGACACCUUCUUCGGCUCGCUCCUGGGCAGCGGUGACUACUACACGCACUACAAGUGCGACCGCCCGGGCGUGUGCGGCUACGACCUGUAUGAGAACGACCGCGCGGCGUGGGACGCGGACAGCGGCGUGUACUCCACGCAGAUGUACACGCAGCGGGUGCAGGAGAUCCUGGCGUCGCACGACCCCCGGAAGCCCCUGUUCCUCUACAUCGCCUACCAGGCCGUGCACUCGCCGCUGCAGGCGCCGGGCCGCUACCUGGACCACUACCGCUCCAUCGUCAACGCCAACCGGCGCCGCUACGCCGCGAUGCUGGCCUGCCUGGACGAGGCGGUGCACAACGUGACGCGCGCGCUGCGGGCGCACGGCUUCUACCACAACAGCAUCCUCAUCUACUCGUCCGACAACGGCGGGCAGCCCGCGGCGGGCGGCAGCAACUGGCCGCUGCGGGGCAGCAAGGGCAGCUACUGGGAGGGGGGCAUCCGCGCCGUGGGCUUCGUGCACAGCCCCCUGCUCAAGCGCAAGGGCACGGUGUGCCGGGAGCUGCUGCACAUCACCGACUGGUACCCCACGCUCGUGUCCCUGGCCGACGGGCGCCUGGACGAGGACACGCAGCUGGACGGCUACGACGUGUGGGAGACGCUGAGCGAGGGCCUGCGCUCGCCGCGCGUGGACAUCCUGCACAACAUCGACCCGGUCUACACCAAGGCCCGGCGCGGCUCGUGGGCCGCGGGCUUCGGGCUCUGGAACACGGCCGUGCAGUCGGCCAUCCGCGUGCGCCACUGGAAGCUGCUCACGGGCGACCCGGGCUCGGGGGACUGGGUGCCGCCGCAGGCCUUCAGCGCCCUGGGGCCGCGCCGCUGGCCCGGCGAGCGCGUGGGCCCCGCCGCGCAGAGCGUGUGGCUCUUCAACAUCAGCGCCGACCCCUACGAGCGCGUGGACCUGGCCGCCCGCUACCCCGGCGUGGUGCGCCAGCUGCUGCGCCGCCUGGCCCAGUUCAACCGCACGGCCGUGCCCGUCCGCUACCCGCCCGCCGACCCCCGCAGCGACCCGCGCCUCAACGGCGGCGUCUGGGGGCCCUGGUACCAGGACGACGCGCAGAAGAGGAAGAAGAAGAAGAAGAAGGCGCAGCAGAGGAAGGCCGGGAGGAAGCAGGGGAAGGGCCAGCAGCAGCUGCAGCACCCCGGGGCCGCCUUCCCCGACUGCCCAGUCGAGGCUGGGCGCGGCUAA